GUCUGCCACGAGCUGAACAUUUUCCAACACAGAGGCAUCGCUGGAACACGAACGAGGAAAUUGCUGCAGUUCUAAUAAGCUUUGAUAGACAUACAGAAUGGCAAUCAAAAGAAGUAAAAAUAAGACCGAAAAGUGGUUCAAUGCUUCUAUACAGUCGGAAAAAGGUGCGCUAUCGGAGGGACGGUUAUUGCUGGAAAAAGCGAAAAGAUGGAAAAACUACAAGGGAAGAUCAUAUGAAAUUGAAAGUUCAGGGUACCGAAUGCAUUUAUGGAUGCUACGUUCACUCCGCGAUACUGCCCACUUUUCAUCGCAGGUGUUACUGGCUUCUCCAGAAUCCAGAUAUUGUGCUGGUUCAUUAUCUGAAUGUCCCAUAUCCUGAUGACAAUAAAAUGGCAGUUAUAGCACCUAGUAUAGCAUUAUGGGGAGAUCGCAAGGAAUGGACUAAAGAAGAACUAGUAUGCCAACUGAAACCAAUGUUCUUCAGUGAAGAUGAUCCAGAUAUAAACAAUGAUUUGGAGAUAUCUGUAAAAUUAUAUUACACUGCUCACACCGUCGAAACAAUAGUUGGUCAACUGAUGGAAAGGCAACGUUUGGCCCGACAAGCCGCCCUCGUUCGCCAACUCGAAUGCGGUUGCCCGGACUCUACUUGCGCCGAUGGCAAAUCUUGUUCUCAUCCGACUGUUCCCGGCAGCGGUACAACAAACAGGAGAACGCUGGCGACUGGCGGUCAGAGUGGCAGCCAGACAAAUGCGGUCGAUCAGUCGAAAAGCCACGGAUCAUCUGCAGCUAGUGGAUCGAGGACGAAUAAUGUCAGUGCUUCGGAUAAUAAUAAUCAGGUGUCUUCAACUACAGGAACGAUGUUAUUAAAUACAAAUAAUCACCAGCAGAGAGUUUAUGCUAGCAAACAUUUGAAUCAUAAUUUCCAUCAUCAUGCCAUCAGGGAAGCGCGUCUGGUUACCACGCAGCAUGCUGGUCACCAAGGAGGAGCAGUACAUACUGGUGCGGCGCCACCGUUAGUUCUUAGCCUUUCGCAGAUACAUGGAACUGGCGGGUUAAUCAUUCUCAAUAACCAUCAUCAUCAGGCUAACACUACGGCUGCCACUUUGCAGCAACAUCAUAUCCAGCAGCACCAUCACCAACAAACGGCAGCAAAUCAGCAACAAAUCACGAAUCAGCAGACUAACCAUGCAUUUUUGAAUAUACGAAAAGGUGUAGCAACGAUUGUUCCGAAAGUCGAAGCAAUGGAAACCUGCUCCAGACCAGAAGACGCUAAUGCCAACCAGCAGCAACAUACAAGAUUUGUCAAUACUGGAAAUAAAAACGAACAAAAGAAUAAUCAACAACAUCAACAGCAAUUUUGCGUUACUGAUGUUAAUGGAUUUUUCGAUGAAACCUUGGAUCUUUCACACGAAGACAUCCAAAGGACGUUGAGUGCAAAUAUGCCACGUUGUCCUUCUGAUUCGGACGUAGUUAAUGUCACUAAUACUGCCCCAAGCAAUGAUAUUGAAGAUACACCGGAAAUAAAUCCUAUGGAUUUUAUUGAAAAUUGUGAUGUAAUGGUCUCACCAGGUGAUACUGCUGAUGAUGACGUUUUCGUAAAUUUAGAUGCAUUUGAUAUGUUAGGAGACUUUCCGGAUCUAGAGGUGUUAGAUGCAACUAAUGAAAUCAGUGUUGAUAAGCGUUCACCGCCAGCUAUUGAUUUUCGCGAGGGUUCAGCCAGUAUUACAGAUUAUUCACCUGAAUGGGCUUAUCCAGAAGGUGGUGUUAAGGUUUUAGUAACAGGUCCAUGGCAUUCUACAAGUUCUCCAUACACUGUUCUAUUUGAUUCGUUCCCAGUUCCAACUACACUUGUGCAAAGUGGUGUUCUUCGAUGUUAUUGUCCAGGCGAGUCAGCAAGCCGUAAUCUAUCUUCCGAUGAAGCAGGCUGCAAAAUUAACCAGGAAAAUUCUAACCAGGAGGCUGGCUGCUCAUCAGCCAGCAACUCUAACGUCGUAGGGGAACCUGACGUGAGAGUAUUGACCCUAGCAGAACAAAUUAUCGCAGCCAUGCCAGAAAGAAUCAAGAAUGAAAUAGAAGACAUGCACUUAGGAUCACCCUGCGGCGGUAUUAGCCCAUCCGAUUCUCUUGGAGACGUAUUUAUGGAACCUUUAUUAGAAUCACAAUCUGAUCACUCAGAAUUCAAUUUUGAACAUUCCGAUCAUAACUAUAGGUAUUACGAUGCUGGUACACCUUGUUCAAGCCUAAGUCCUGCCAGCAGCAGUUGUCUGCAGAGUCCAGCUUCAUUUACAUUAGAUUCGCCUUCACCACCUCCGACUACGCAAGAUCAUUGUGAUUUUUUGCAUGCUGGACCUUUUGAAUCAGAUUUUAAUAAGCUGACUCUCUCAGAUCGUGAGCAACGUGAAUUAUAUGAAGCAGCAAAAACCAUUCAGCAAGCUUACAGAAUCUAUAAAGGGCGUCAAAAACUGGAAGAACAGGACAAGGAACGUGCUGCUGCUAUUCUUAUUCAAAACUAUUACAGACGAUAUAAACAGUAUGCCUAUUUUAAGCAAAUGACUCAAGCUGCUUUGGUGAUACAGAACGGUUUUCGAUCCUAUUGCGAAUAUAAACGAUUUAAGAAGAAUCAGCAAGCUGCUUCCUGCAUUCAAAACUAUUAUAGAAGUUACCGAGAUCAGGGCCGAACUCAAAGUUCAGGAACAACUCGCGAAACUACUCCGUCCGGCACUGGAUUGAAACGAACAUAUUCCCAAAGGAGGCAACAUCAGGCAGCUAGAAAAAUUCAACAGUUUAUGAGACAAUCAAAAAAUAUAUUGCAGAAAGAACGAGCCGAAAGAGAGAAGCAGUCGGCCCAGCCGGAUUACCAGGCUGCCCUCCAAAGGUCGCCCCCUCGCGUGGACACCUUUCAGCCUACCACAGAUCCAAACAGAUCGUGUCCUAACGAUGCGACCGAAGUUGAUACGACAAUACCCGAGAACAUUUUGAUACGACGCAACUCGUUUCGAAAUUGAGUUGGCAGUGUGUCUUUGUUUGCCCCUCUCGAAAAC